AUGAUGCAACUUCGUUCUCUCCAGCCCCUGGGCCUCCUCGCCGCCAGAGUAGCCCUUGCAUCGGUCACCCUCGAAGACCCGUCUGAUGUGAUCCCUGCCAGCGACUGGGCGGCGGACAAUGCCAUCAUCCCCGACUAUAAUGUCCCGUUCCUCGAUUACCAGCCCUCAGACAUCGUGGCCGCGAAUACCUUCGACGAGAACAGCACCUCAAUCGACCAUGAGACUUAUUCUGCGGAUGCCAACGACACCAGCGUCAUCCUCGUGGCUGGCGGGGCAGAUCUCGACUUGUCGUAUGUGGAUGUGGUCAAGUAUGGAUACGCCUCAGACCUGCUCUCCGCCAGCUUCUGGGGUUUCAAUGCUGCCAUCAACGUGGCAAAUGCAUCAACAGCAUCCCUGGACCAUGUGAACGUGACCGUGCACAACGGAGCCGCAAAUGUGUACGCAUACGGCAGCGACACCGUCGUCAACGUGACUAACUCAUGGCUGUACUCAUCGGGCCCGGUAUCGCACGGCCUGUACGCCAGCGGCAACGCCACCAUCUACGGCAGCAACAUCGCGCACUUCUCGGGCGGGUACCGCAGCUCUGCCUUCUCAGGAGACUCGCCCAAGGGCAUAAUUUAUAUUAGUGACAGUGUCGCCCACACGGCGGGCAUCGGCUCGGCGACCUUCUACGCCCUGGGCGAGAUCUUCGCUGACAAUGUCCUCUCCAUAUCCGAGAAGGGCCCCGUGGUCUUCAUGGACGGCGCCCAGAACGUCAGCAUCGCCAACAGCGACUGCACGGCCGGCCUGCUGGGCGGCCUGGUCAUCUUCAGCAGCCAGGUGCGGCUGUCCGGCGGGCGGAUCGACAUCAGCGACAGCCGCAUCGCCGUCACAGCGGCUGAUGCCCCCGGCCUGUGGUUCGGCAACACCAUCGUCGACGUGAGCCUGUCCAGCACGCGCGUCGAGCCCGACAGUGGCGUCCUCGUCGUCGCGAACUACUCCCAGAUCACCCAGGACUUCGACUACUACGCCUCCUACGCCGACAACUCGGCUCUGUCGCCUGCCGAGGUGUUUAUCAGCGUGGCUGAGUCGACGCUCGCCGGCGACCUAGUCGCUUACAACGGGUCGUACAUCUCGUGGAACCUGACAGCCCACAGCAGCUGGGAUGGCGCCGCGUACUCUGGCUUUGGCGACUCGUACGUCGAUGUGGCGCUGGAUGCGACGAGCAACUGGACCCUGACUGCGGACUCGUACGUCCAGAAUCUCACGGAUGUGGACGAGAGUUUGGCGAAUAUUGCUAGUGGCGGCUUUAAUGUGUAUUAUAAUGCGAGCGCGCUGCUCAAUGGGUGGUUGGCGAACUCGACGGUUACGCUUUCGGGCGGCGGAUCGGUCACACCUGGAACGCAGGCUUGA